CUGGAUCUACAUCUACUUAUGCCGACUUCAACAAUCGCCGCAGGUACAAAGGAGCAUACGUUUGUUGCCUCUGUAUUCUCUUUCAUCGAAGGCAACUGGACAUUGUUUUUCACAUAUGACGGGUGUCAAGAAGGAAACGCGCAGACGUUCUUCUCCGACAGUUGCUACGCGAAUUUCCAAGAGUUCCGGAAGAACCUCCGAGAGAUAAGUAAGAAAACAAUACCGAUCGGCAAACAGUCAUGCACACCGCAGUUGUUUGCUCCCCCACAUAGAAGUCAUACCGCCAUAAAGGAGGUUCCUGUAGUAGGGUUCACAGUGAAGAUACAAAUUGACUUCCAAGGACAAACUUUUUCAGUAGAAGUUUGCGAAGAUCAGAACUGGGGGUCUUGCACGCCAUUCUGGACAAAGGAACAGGUGCGCUUUGUUGAGUCACCUAAAUACGGUGCGCUGGACCUCAUAUUCCACAAUGGAUGGAACACCCCAGCUCGGGUCGGAAACAAGUUUUCGAUUGAUCAAUACACUAACGUAACCGAAGUGUGCAAACUGUAUAGACCAUAAGUUUGGUCGAUGCCGUCCGUGGUACUUGGAUGGAUAGAGUUGUCGAUUGGCUCGAAAUUGGAUCGGCAGAUGUCAGCGACACCAUGACGUUACCACAGGAAUCCUGUCUUAAAGGGAUCUUGACGACGAAAAGUCCUGGAAAAGCUGUUCAGCUUUACCUGGUUACUUUUGAUUUGACUAGUGCGCUGCCGAUCUUCAAGUAUUUUUUAUGUAACUCACGUUCCUUUGCUGUCCAGUUCUACCCCCAUGUGACGAUUUCCCUUCUUCAAUCGUUCGAUUGCUACACGCAACUUCCCCACAAUCAUUUUCGACCUCCAUCGUUAUCCCCCGCUAGAAACCCCGAUGUCGGGGGUUGGCGAUGCCGUUGGAGUCUCUUAUGUUUCUUGAUAGAUCUAACUAAAAUGGAUUCGGCUUUAGCGCCCACCCAGCGUAAA